GAUUUCGUGUGGCCUAAUUCAACAUCAACAUAACUUCACAUCAAUGUCAAACUUCUCAACAUUAUGUUUCGGUGACAAAUUCUCAAUAUGCCUCCAUUCCUUCCGCGGAAACGUUUACGUUCAUCAUCUCCAGAGUCAGACCGGCCCGGUCCAUCAAAGCAACAAAAUAAAGGCAAAAAAAGUAAAUCAUCAAAAACCACUCCACGAAAAUCUACAUUAUUUGAUGAUUUGGAUGCUGGAGCAAAAAGUCCUGAGGAUACAAAGGCAAUUCUCCGCAAAAUUCAAGCGACAGAUGAAGAUGAUGAAAGUUCCUUAUCGUCCCUUUCUGAUGAUGAAUUCGAAGAUGUUCCAGAUAUGAAUAGACAACCCAACGAGAACGCGACGGAAACUGAGGAUGAAGAUGAAGAUGUUGAAUUCGAAGAUGUCGAUACAAAUAUCACCCAUAAACCAUCUGCGAACAUACCUACUGGAGAUCUCGAACUUACACUAACGAGAGAAACGAGGAUAUCACUUACGAAUCCAUUGGGGACGAAGAAGGGGCCAAGUAAAAUUGAGAGGGGGAUUAGAAUGGCUACACAUAAAGUUCAUGUCCAGAUGUUAAUGUGGCAUAAUGCCAUCAGAAAUUCUUGGCUUUGCGAUAAGGAAUUGCAAGAUAUUCUGGUGGGAAAAUUACCGGAAACAAUUUUGAGGGAGAUUGAAAAAUGGAGGAAGGAUAGUGGUUUACAAUCCAAGGUGGAUGAUACUUCAAAGUCCAAGGGAAAAGGUAAAGGAAAGGUUACAAAAGGAAACAAGGUCGAUAUUAGAAGUCAACGAGAUUGGGGACAGCCUGCAGAAAGACACGAGGCCGGUGGAAUCAAUAUGAGUCGUGGGGAUCCCAUGUUUCGACUUUUGAAGCUAUUGAUGCAUUAUUGGAAGCAAAGGUUUAGAAUUGUCGCACCAGGUUUACGAAAAAUUGGUUAUAUGUCACUCGAAAGACUUGAUCAGGAAUCGAAGAGUUUUCAGAAAGAUGAGCAUGAUAUUGAACGACAUGGGGAAAGGAUAAUUAAUAUACAUGAAUUUCGCAAAUGUGCCAAAUCUUUGGAAGGAAGUCGAGAUGUGGGUGCUCAAUUAUUUACCGCAUUAUUGAGAGGGAUUGGUAUUGAAUCUAGAAUGAUUGCUAGUCUUCAACCUGUAGGAUUUGGUUGGAAUAAGAAUGAGGAUGCUGUAGAGAAGAAGGAUAAGAAGAGAAGUGAACCUAUUCCGAAGGAUGAUACAUCGGAUACGGAGAGUAGUGAAGACGAGAAGUAUGUUGAGAAGUAUGGUGAGAAGUAUGAUUUGAAGCAUGUCCCGAAGCAUGACCCGAAAUCUGAUUCAAAGCCUACACCAAUAUCUACCAACCCUACCACCAACCCUACCACCAACCCUACCACAAAGUCGACAGCAAAACCUCCUCCAAAAUCAUCCAAGAAAGUAAACGGAUCAGAAAAAUCUUCUCAAGUCUCAAAGAAAUCCACUCAACCCAUCAAACCUACCAAUCAUUCGACAAGUUCACGUGGAAAUGGUCUCAAAGAUGCUCCAAUUGAUUUAUCAGAUUCCAAUGAACUUUCCACGAUCAAUAGUGAAGAAGACGAUGAAUCUGUCGUUGAUAUCACACCCGCCAAAACUCGUAUACAACCUUCAAAACCAUACGAUAAAGAUCUCCUAUUCCCACAUUAUUGGACAGAAGUUUUAUCACCAAUCACAAAUACAUAUACACCUGUUGAUCCACUCGUCCUAAAUGUUAUUGCAACUAAUUCCGAACUUCUUCAAAAAUUUGAACCUCGUGGCGCAAAAGCGGAUAACGCGAAACAAGUAACUGCAUAUAUUGUUGGCCAUUCACCAGAUGGUUCAGCUAAAGAUGUGACGAUCCGAUAUUUAAAAGGUCAUAUGUUACCUGGUCGCACCAAAGGCAAUCGAAUCCCAAUUGAAAAAGUUCCGGUUUACAAUUCCCAAGGCAAAAUCAAACGGUAUGACCAAUAUGAUUGGUUUAAAACUGUCAUGAGUGGGUAUAUUCGAGGAAGUGAGAAAUGCCCAAGAACGGAAAUUGACGAUCAUGAAGAAGCGACUGAUCUUAAAGCUAUUCAACCUCAGAAGAAAGAAGUAAAGGAAGGAGAAGAAACUCUUCAAGCUUAUAAAACGUCUACAAAAUUUGUUUUGGAAAGACAUCUCAGAAGAGAAGAAGCUAUUCUUGAUACAGCCAAACAUGUAAAAAUGUUUACUGUCAAAGCAAAAGGGGAUAAUCCAACAGAAGAGAAAGUUUUUCUUCGAAAGGAUGUCGUUAAUUGUAAAAGUUUGGAGACGUGGCAUAAAGAGGGAAGAGCACCUAUACCUGGUGCACAACCAAGAAAACGCGUACCAUAUAGAGCAGCGACUACCAAUCGAAAACGGGAAUUGGCCGAAGCAGAAUUGGAGAGUGGAGAAAAGAUGUUACAAGGUCUUUAUAGUCGUGAUCAAACGGAUUGGAUUAUUCCUCCGCCCAUUGAGAAUGGUGCGAUACCAAAAAAUCAAUAUGGAAAUAUGGAUGUUUACGUUCCAAGUAUGGUACCAGUGGGUGCAGUACAUAUUCCUAGGAGAGGUACAAAAAGAAUUUGUACACGAUUAGGUAUUGACUAUGCGGAAGCUGUUACUGGAUUUGAAUUUGGGGCUCGAAUGGCCAUACCAAUUAUUACUGGUGUUGUGGUUGCGGAAGAGAAUCUAGAUUUGGUUAUGGAGGAAUGGGAAAAAGAUGAAGUGGAAAGAGUUAGAAAAGAAGAUGAGAAAAAGACAAAGGCAGCAAUUGGUAUGUGGAGGAAAAUGUUAAUGGGACUUCGAAUUAUUGAACGAAUGACGGAUGAAUAUGGACAUGGUGGAGAAGAAGUUGAUCGGGUUAAUCCAUUUAAUAAUAAGAAUAAGAAAGGAAAGGAGAUUGAUGAUUUGAAUUUGGAAGAGAAAGUAUUGGAAAUGCAACAACGAGAUGAAGAAAUGGCAGGUGGUUUCUUUCCUGAAGGUUAUGAUGAAGAACCGGAACAUCAUUCGACUAGUUUUUUUCCAGUUGUUGCUUCACAAGAUGAUGGAGAUGGAGGUGGAUUUAUUGUGGAAGAGGAAGGAAAAGAGAUUAUUGAUGGUGAUGGUAUAGAUGGUGAUGGUAUUGAUGGCGAUGGUAUUGAUGGCGAUGGUAUUGAUGGCGAUGGUAUUGACGGUACUAAUGGUACUAAUGGUACUUCAUCCAUUACUUCUCAAACAUUUCAAUUCGUUGGAAAUGAUAAUACCGAGAUGAAUUCGAUUUCAGAUGAAUUGGAGUCAGAGGAAGAAACUCAAUUCAAAAAACCACAAGUUAUCAUCCCAGCUCCAACAUCUCGUAGAGGGAGACCUACCGCAUCGACGAAUAAAACUCCUGUCAAAGCAAAAUCUACUUUAUCAACUCCGAAACCUAAACCGAAAUCGAAAACUCCUGCAAAACGAGGAGCUUCAUUACCAAAAGGUUCUGGUAAACGAAAACGUAUACCGGAUUCGGAGGAUGAUGAGAAUGAGGAGAAUGAAUCCUCUUCAUUGUCUGAUAUUGAGAUGGAUGAUGAUGAUGAUGAGGAUGAGAAGGAUAGAGAGGAAGAUGGAGAGGAAGAGAAAGAGAAAGAGGAAGAAGAAAAAGAAGUAAUAAAAUCAUCUCCGAAGAAACCAAUAGCGAGGAAAUCAGCUAUGAAAAGGAAAGAAACCAUACCUGUAACUUCUAGUCCAGCAACGAGAAAAACACCGAGUAGAAAUGCAAAGAGAGGAAGUGAGACGGGGACGAGGUCGAGAUAUUUUGAACAUGGGGAUAGUGAGGAUGAGAUGAGUGAGGGGUGAGAUGAAUGGGGAUUGAGGGGUGGAGAUGGUGGAGAUGGUGGUGGUGGUAGUGGUGGUGGUGGUGGGAAGAAGAGGAUUAUGUGUGUAUGUAUAUAUGUAUGUAUGUAUGAUAGUUAUGAACGAUACCAUCCAUGUCUGAUUGAUUUGUAUGAUAUGAUGUAUGAUAUAAAUAAAAAUAUAUAAUGAGAGUGGAAUUUUACUUCUGCA